AUGUUGACGAACACUCUUGUCCUGGCUGUAUACGGACUGGCGCUGAAUCACCAGGAUGGCUGCUACGGCGAUCCCGGCCCGGCCAUGCGCAUCUACGACACAUCCGCCUACCAAUCUGCAGGACACUGUCUGAUGCUUCGAAAUCCCAAGAGGGGAAUCGCAUACCACGGAAACAAGCGUGAUAUGGGCUGUGUAGGGUACCCACCGGAUCUAUGA